UGUUUUGAGUAUUAUUUGAUCGAAUCACUUUGGCGGGUGGGGAAAGUUGUUACAACAAAUUGAUGCACUUUUUAACUCAUAUGCGGUAUUUGUAGCGGGUUACGAAUCUGUGCAUUGAAGAACAAGCUGAAAAACUGAAUAACGUGAUCUGGAUCGAUCUGAAAUAAGCCGUGAGUUUGAGCCAAUCAAGAAUUAUGGCAGAUGACAGAGAACCAAUUACAUCUUCAGAAGACCCAAAAUCAAAAAAGGACAAAAAGAAUAAAGGAAAAAAGGAAGCAAGAAAUCCACCACCACCAAGAAAUGUUCAGGAUGAAAAUGAAGAUGCCAACCAAGGGACAUGCUCGUGCAACACAGCAUUCUUGUGCUCUAUUGAAGGAGCUUUGAAAAUCAUUGAAUUUUUCACCACUCUGGUUGCUUGGGUCAUCUGUGCAUUAGCCUACCGGCACCUUAAUGAGUCCUUGGUAUCUCGUUAUGGCUACUUUCUGUUUGUCGGCAUAAGCUCAUGGAUAUUUACAAUAUUUGUGAUUUCCUUCAACCUCUGUGGCUGUUUCAACAAAUGGAUCAACAAACGUCUCUUUAGACUUUUUGGCUGGUACAUCCAUCUGUUGGCAUAUUCGGCAAUUUACACCUUCUUCUGGGCUGUUGCUGGUAUAUUGCUUGCUUUUCAUUAUCACAUUUGGGCUGGCAAUGCAGGUGCCUCGUUCUUUGGCUUCAUCAACCUGAUCUUGUUCCUGAUUGACAGCAUACUCUACUUCAGAACUUGCCGUGUUUACAGAAAAGACAUCCGCAAGAUUCGAAGAGGUGGGUACCAAGACCCCAAUGUCCUUUAAGUGAUUGCAACAGGAGCCUUGCCUUCACAAGGGAUGAUUUUAGCAGUUGCAAAAGACAGCCAUAUAUGACUGUGUUUGAUUGUAGAUUUUCUAGUCUUAAUAUUUAUUUCUCCAGAUCACAAUUGUGGAAAUGAGAAUACUUUUUUGAUAGCCAAACAAUGUUGUUGUCUAGAUCUUAUAAAUCAAAGAAAAAGAAAAAUAACUACC